AUGGCUACUACUUCCAUCCAACGCCCUCGAGACCCGAAUACGCUGAGUAACUAUACCGCGUGGGCAUCGCGCCAUGUCACGGCCAAUUUGGAGAUUGUGUUUGACCAGAAGAAGCUGGUAGGCAAUGUGGUCCACCAGCUUGAGUCGAAGACGGACGGGGAAACCCAGGAGAUCAUCUUCGAUACGAGCUUCCUCGAUAUCUCCCAGAUUAAAGUCAAUGGCCAGCCGUCGAAAUGGGAGAUUUUGCCGCGUUUCGAGCCCUUUGGUAGUGCAUUGAAGAUUCAGCUCGAAAGCGCAGCUAAGCUGGGGGAAAAUCUAGAGGUUGAUAUCUCGCUUGAAACGACGGACAAAUGCACUGCCCUCCAGUGGUUGACGCCAGCGCAAACAUCAAACAAGAAGCAUCCAUAUAUGUUCUCUCAAUGCCAAGCGAUCCACGCGCGUUCAGUUUUCCCAUGCCAGGAUACCCCUGAUAUCAAAAGCACCUUUGACUUCAACAUCAAAUCGCCGCACCCAGUCAUUGCAAGUGGACUGCCUCUUCGAGAAAAGGGCACUCCCGAAAACAAUGUCUACAAGUUCAAGCAGAAUGUCCCGAUUCCUAGUUAUCUGUUCGCUCUCGCCAGUGGAGACUUUACCGAGGCUCCCAUUGGCCCUCGAAGCGUUGUUGUUACCAGUCCCGACAGGAUUGAUGACUGCAAGUGGGAACUCGAGGCAGACACUGAGAAGUUCAUGGAGGCAAUAGAGAAAAUCGUCUACCCCUAUGCCUGGGGCGAGUACAACGUUCUUAUACUCCCUCCCAGCUUCCCCUACGGCGGCAUGGAGAACCCCAUUUACACUUUUGCAACACCUAAAAACGUCGAUGUCAUUGCCCAUGAGCUGGCACACAGCUGGAGUGGUAACUUGGUUACUAGUGCUUCCUGGGAGCAUUUCUGGUUAAAUGAAGGCUGGACUACUUAUCUGGAACGAAGAAUCAUUGCCGCAGUGCACGGUGAGCCCUACCGACACUUUUCAGCAAUCAUCGGCUGGAACGACUUUAGAGAUUCCGUUGAAGAAUACGGGAAAGAUCAUGAAUUCACCAAGCUGGUAAUCGACCUCAAGGGCAAAGAUCCGGAUGACGCCUUUUCCAAGGUUCCGUACGAAAAGGGCUUCAACUUUUUGUUCUAUCUCGAAACCCUCCUGUCCAAGGAAGUUUUUGACCGCUUCAUUCCGCACUACUUCACUGUGUUCAAGGGAAAAUCCCUUGAUUCUUAUGAAUUCAAGGCCACCCUGCUAGACUUUUAUGCCAACGACGCAGCUGCGUCUAAGCUGCUUGACGGGGUGGAUUGGGACUCGUGGUUCUAUGCACCAGGCCUCCCACCUCGACCCGACUUUGACACUUCUCUCGUCGACAUUGUGUACAACCUGGCAAGCAAAUGGGAGUCACUGCCAUCAUCAGGCUUUACCCCAGCAGCAAAGGAUGUGGCAGGCUUGACCGCCAAUCAAUUCAUCGUUUUUCUCGAACGCGCCAUCCAAUUUGAAAAACCGCUCAGCCCAGAACAGUUCCAACUGAUGGGUAAGACUUACGGGUUUGCUACCAGCAACAACAUUGAAGUGUCCAACCUUUACUUCCAACUUGGCCUGAAGGUUGGCGACAGGACGGUCAUUGAGCCAACUGCCAAAUUACUAGGAGAGAUUGGCAGGAUGAAAUUCGUUCGCCCUCUAUUCCGAGCCUUGAAAAAACUCGACCAUCAAGCUGCUGUCGAGACAUUUGAAAAGCACAAGGACUUCUAUCACCCAAUUUGCCGUGGUUUGGUAGAAAAGGACCUAGCAAAAUGA